AUGGCCUCUAAAAAUACAUCUUCUUCACUUUCUGAAUUCAACUUGAAAACACAUGCAUACAACCUUUCAUUAUCAUCAACAGCUGCCAAUUGUUAUGGAAGUCAUGUUGCUGGAAUCAAAAAAGCAAUGAAGAUUCUAGAAACUCAAUUUGGGAAUCCACAUACAGCAUCAUCACCAUCAAUUAAUAAUAAUGUUGUUGGUGUCAUCAACGACAACAAUAUGAAGAUGGCGAUGAAUGAUACUUCUUAUCAUCCCAAUCUCACCACAGACUCAUUUAAAUCAUAUAAUAUGCCAUCUCGGACAAUCGGUGCCAGUGUUAAUGGUGAUGGUAAUCAUGUUCAUGUUGAUAUUGAUCAUAACAAUAUCAACAACAAGAAGGACAAGAAAAAUAUUGAUGAUGGCAGAAUGCACAGUUUAGCAUGUAAGAAAUAUGGACCGUACAUCUGCCCAAAGUGCAAUCAAGUGUUUGUUACAUCACAAAAAUUUGCUUCUCAUGCAUCAAGUCAUUACAAGUUCGAAAGUAAAGAAGAGAGGAAAAAGAGAUACAUGUCCAGAAUUCGAAAGAGACCACGUCUUCAGAUUCAAAAGCUCAACGAUGGAACAACUACUUUUGUUCCUGUUUCUUCUUUGACUGCUCAUCCACCUGUUGCUUCAGUCAAUAAUAAUGCUCAUAAUCAAAUACUUUCACCUACUUCAAUUGGAGUAAAAAUAAAAUUGGAGUCUGCAAAUAAUUGA